AUGGAACCGGUGCUCUUGCUUAUCUCUGAAAUAAUCCUUGAUCGCCCCUCAACUUUCAGCAUUUUCGCUAGACGGGGAGAUAUUGGUACGUCGGUCGUCGAGAUGAGCGACGAGACGAGACGUAAACGGGGUACGGCAGGACACCAGGGCCCGCUCACUAUGGCCCUCACCGACAUGGAGAGGUCCGACAACCCCAUGAAGCCAAACUGCCGUACAACCUGCACGACGACCUAUACUUCCGACCUGCCAGAGGCGAGGACUCUCUUUGUCUCCCAAAAAGACGUCUCGUUGACACAGAGACAGAACUGGCCCUACCAAACGAAGAGAAUCAUUGACCUAGUCGAAGCAUAUCCCGGAGCCGAAACCCGCGUCCUGAGAGAAAGCAGAAAAGCCCGUGACACCAUCAAUGACAUCCCCGAGAAGUACAACCUUGCAGGAAUGGCGGUUGCAUUUUCAGAAGACCAAUUUCGUAUGCAUUCAUCACACGCCGAGUCAGAGGAAGAUGAGCCGAAGCCAAAGCGUGAUGUGGAAGAGAUCAGUGGUGUGUUUCACCCAGACGUCGUUCGGAUUCCGUCAAUGCCAGGGCAAAGCCUGGCUCUCAAGGAGAAUGAGAGCUCCUCGGGAACGUUUGGGGACUUCUUCGAAAUUGCCCUUCCUGGCCUUGCGGAACCAGUGGUGGAAAUUCGCACUUGCUUCCAUGGGUUCUAUUGCGGCAAAGAAGGUGAUUACAGCUUUAUCCCGGUUGCCAACCCUCCACACACCACCCAAACUCCUCCUCUGGCGCCUACAGCCUGGCCGUCCUUUAUGGUAGAAGCUGGCCAUUCCGAGUGGCUUCGAUAA